AUGUCUGUCGUUAAGAAGAAGAAGCGUGUUUCAAAGAAGAAUAAGAAGGCGUGGGGAAAAUACAGUGAUAUCCGUGAUGUCGAGGAGUUCUUAGAAGAUCAGAGAUUAGAAGAGCGAUUGGGUAAGUUCGAGACAAAGCCGGACAGUGAGCUGUUUGUGGUAGACGUUGCAGGCGACAAUGAUGAGGUCGAGGACAAGAAGCCACUCUCACACAAACUACAGAAGCGAGCCAAGCUGAAAGAACUACCAAAAUGUUUUGAAGUUUUAUUGCCCACUUCUAAGGUUCAAGACCCCAAUGCAAAACGCAACCAUGUGAAUCCAAUUGGAUUCAAACCAACAGCUCUAAGUAAGUUGAAACAAAAGAAGUUGGAAGAAAAAGGAGUUUUUGAGAGGAAACUACAAGAAGCAAAGAAGAAUAGAAAAUUGGCUAGAGACAAGAAGAGAAAAGCAAAACAAGUUAGACAGAACUUCAGUAAGGAUCUUUGGGGACAGGAUUUACCAGAAUCAAAAGGUAUCCCAGAAACAUUGGUGGAUGAGUUCAUAUCCCCAGAAGCACAGCUCCACAAUGUGCUACCAACACAGAGACUGCGACCGAAGCCUCCGCUGGCCAAGACUGUUGUCACCAGGGCUGCAGUGGAAGCUCCUCAUCCAGGAGUCAGUUAUAAUCCUUCAUACCAGGAACAUCAAGAUCUACUCCAGCAGGUGGGUCAGCACGAAGUGAAGAUGAUGAAGCGCGAAGCACACCUCAACAGAGUCACCACCGGCAUGUUCCGCAGAAUCACGCAACACGAGAAAGAGAACCAAUGGCGAGAGGAGAUGAGCGCUGGUCUACCCCAACCUCACAACCCAGCCAACGACUCGGGCUCCGAGACAGACAAUGAGUACAAGGCAGUGAAUCCUCCGGUCAAGAACAAGAAGAAGGACCACAAAGCUAGAAGGAAACAACGAGAGAGAUUGGAGGAGAAAGAGAGACUUAAGCGGGAGAAGAUUGACAAGAAGAAGAUUACUGAUCUUUAUAAGCUCCGUAAACUCCAAUCUUCAAUCCAGACUCGUGAACAGAAGCAAGCAGAAGAGCGGACAAAGCGUUUAGAGAAGCGAGCUGCCACGGAAGCUACUGCUUUACCCGCACUCAGCGCUCAUAAGACUCCGAUCAAGGAACCUGACUUCGUGGACCCUAAGCAGCUGACCGGAGACUUGAGGAAUAUACAGUCUACUACAAACCUACUCCGGGACCGAUUCGAGUCUCUCCAACGUCGUGGUGCCCUCGCAGCGUCCAAGGUGAUGAUGAAGAAGAAGAGGAAACUGAAGAGUUACUUCAAACCAGGACACAAAGUCACCGAGAAAGACAUUGAAAAAUACGUUAACAAGAAAGUAGGGAAAAAAUAA